UGGGCGGGAGAGGCAGACAGGAAAACGAAACUCAGCUGCUGUUGUGGAGUUUGAGCGAUGGCCGCCGCUCUCAGCGUGGGGAAGCAGCUUCAGGAGGAAGCCACUUGCCCCGUCUGCCUGGACUUCUUUACUGAUCCCGUGACUCUGGACUGCGGGCACAAUUUCUGCCGAGCCUGCAUUGCUCAGUGCUGGGGGGAGCCGCCCACAGUCACGGCCUGUCCUCAGUGCCGAGAGAGCUUUCAGCCGAGGAACGUGAAGCCGAACAGGCAGCUGGCCAACAUGGUUGCACUACUCAAAGAGUUCAGUGUGCAGGCGAAGCAGGAAGCAGGAGGGGAGAGAGUCUGCGAGAGGCACCAGGAGCCCCUGAAGCUCUUCUGCAAGGACGACGAAGCCCUCAUCUGUGUGGUGUGUGACCGAUCCAAGGAGCACCGAGCUCACAAUGUGAUUCCUGUCCCGGAGGCUGCCCAGGAGUACCAGGAUCAGUUCUGUAGCUUUCUGGAGCUUUUGAGGAAGGGGAGAGAGAAAAUCCUGGCAUGUAAAGUUGAUGCAGAAAAGGAAAGCCAAAAAUUAUUUAAUCAAAUCGUAGCGGAGAGGCAAAAGACAGUGGCUGAAUUCAGACAACUCCACAAGUUUCUGGAAGAGCAAGAGACACUCCUGUUGACCCAGAUAGUUGAAGCAGAGAAGGCGAUUGCAAGAAGAAAGGAUGAACAUAUGGCAACACUCUCUGAGGAGCUCUCCUCUCUUGAUAAAGUUAUCCAGGAGAUGGAAGAGAAGUGUGGGCAGUCAGCAAGUGAGCUUCUGCAGGAUGUUAGAAGCACCUUGAAGAGGUGCAAGGAGAAAGAGAGAUUUGAGAAUCACGUGGCUUUUCCUCCCUCAGUGAAGCGGAGGACCUGGGACUUUGGCAGAAACACUUUUCUGGAGAAUGUCAUAAAGCAGUUCAAAGACAAUCUAUCUGGAUUUCUACUCCAGCGAGCUGAUGUCACUCUGGAUCCAGACACAGCUCAUCCCCGACUCAUUCUGACUGAGGAUCGUAAAUGUGUGAGAUGGGGAGAGAAAUUGCAAGAUCUGCCCAAGAAUCCUGAGAGAUUCAGCUAUUUCUGUUGUGUGUUGGGAUGUGAGGGAUUCACAGCAGGGAGACAUUGCUGGGAAGUCACUGUGGGAAGUGAGGGUGUGUGGGCUUUGGGGGUUGCCAGGAAGUCUGUGAAGAGAAAGAACACGGUGAGAUUGGGUCCUGAGGAAGGGAUCUGGGCUGUGAGGAAGUUGGCUGUUGAAUACCAUGCAAUCGAUUUCCCUGCUGACAUUCCUCUGCACCUGAGUGGUAAACCUAAGAGGAUCCGAGUGACCCUAAACUAUGCUGAGGGGCAGGUGGCCUUUUUGGAUGCUGACUCAGCAGCCCCAAUCUACACCUUCUCGAAAGCCUCGUUCUCAGGAGAGACCCUUCUCCCUUUCUUUUGGGUGGGUAUGGAAGCAACCCUGACACUCUCCCUCUCAGGCAGCUCCCCGCCUGGGCGGGAGGGGCUGGCAGGGAAACGAAACUCAGCCUGUGGCGUUGGCGCGAUGGCCGUCGCUCUCAGCGUGGGGAGGCAACUCCAGGAUGAAGCCACUUGCCCCGUCUGCCUGGACUUCUUCACUGAUCCCGUGACUCUGGACUGCGGGCACAAUUUCUGCCAAGCCUGCAUUGCUCAGUGCUGGGGGGAGCCGCCCACAGUCACGGCCUGUCCUCAGUGCCGAGAGAGCUUUCAGCCGAGGAACGUGAAGCCGAACAGGCAGCUGGCCAACAUGGUUGCAAUAGCCAAAGAGCUGAAUGUGCAGUUGAAGCAGCAAUUGGGAGGCUGGAGAGUCUGCGAGGGGCACCAGGAGCCCCUGAACCUCUUCUGCAAGGAGGACGAAGCCCCCAUCUGCGUGGUGUGCGACCGAUCCAAGGAGCACCGAGCUCACAAUGUGGUUCCUGUCCCGGAGGCUGCCCAGGAGUACCAGGUAAGGACUUCUCAUUUAACAACCUGUGUGUAUUUGGGAAGUGGCAGGACAGGGUUAAUGGGGAAGUUGACUCAAGCGUGGAGGAGGUGGACUAAACCAGCCUUAGCUCCAGCGUCCGCCAGGAAACCUGGGAGAAGUCUUCCGGUGCCAAAUCCCAUGGGAGGAAAAGGGUUUGCAUGCUCUAAUGUAGACAAAGUCCUUAGAAGGAAUUCACCUGAAGGACUUCACCUGUGUGGUCAGGAUAAGUUCUGGAGCUUUUUGAAGCUUUUGAAGAAGGGAAGACAGAGAAUUCUGACAUGUAAAGCUGAUGCAGAAAAGGAAAGCCAAAAAUUGUUUAAGCAAAUAGUAGCGGAGAGGCAAAAGGCAGUGGCUGAAUUCAGACAACUCCACCAGUUUCUGGAAGAGCAAGAGACACUCCUGUUGACCCAGAUAGAAGAAAUGGAGGAGGAGACUGCAAGGAGAAGGGAUGAAUAUAUGGAAAAACUCUCAGAGGAGCUCUCUUCUCUUGAUAAAGUUAUACAGGAGAUGGAAGAGAAGUGUGAACAGUCAGCAAGUGAGCUUCUGCAGGAUGUUAGAAGCACCUUGAGGAGGUGCAGGGAGAAAGAGAGAUUUGAGAAUCCUGUGGCUUUUCCUCAGUCAGUGAAGCAGAGGAUCUGGGACUUUGGUGAUAGAAACACCUUUCUGGAGAAAGCCAUGAAGCAGUUCAGAGAUAAUCUACUCUUUGGAUUUCAGCUGCCGCAAGAUGAUGUCACUUUGGAUCCAGAUACAGCUUAUCCCCAACUCAUCCUGGCUGAGGAUCGUAAAAGUGUGAGAUGGGGAGAGAAAUGGCAAGAUCUGCCCAACAAUCCUGAGAGAUUCAGCAAUUUCUGUUUUGUGCUGGGGUGUGAGGGAUUCACAGCUGGGAGACAUUGCUGGGAAGUCAGUGUGGGAAGUGAGGGAGAUUGGGCUGUGGGGGUUGCCAGGAAGUCUGUGAAGAGAAAGGGCCGUUUCAGAUGGGGACCUGAGGAAGGGGUCUGGGCUGUGAUGAAGUGGGGUGGUGGGUACCAGGCACUCGAUUCCCCUGCUGACGUUCCUCUGCACCUGAGUGGGGAGCCUAAGAGAAUCCAUGUGACCCUAAACUGUGCUGAGGGGCAGUUGGCCUUUUUGGAUGCUGACUCAGAUGCCCUAAUCUACACCUUCUUCAAAGCCUCGUUCUCAGGAGAGACCCUCCUCCCUUUCUUUUGGGUGGGUAUGAAAGCAACCCUGACACUCUCCCCCUGAGGCCGCUGAAGAGUGGAGUGUAUAUUGCACGACAUUAAUUGCAACACAUGUACAGCUCUCCCCCAAGAUAUGAAUGGGGGUUGGGGUAAUAAAGCACUUAGCAUCCUUUUUA